CUACCGCCCCUGUUGAGUUACAUUGUAGCAAGCAUAGCCAUCUAUGUCAAUACAAUGAUGUAUCAGAGGGCUGUAAUUACUGUUUGUGGUUUUUGAAAGGUCUUCAUGUGACGAGUUAUAACAUGAUAACUCGCAGCAGUCGUUUCACAGCAUACUACGACGAGUUUGAGGAACUCAUGUAUGAGCAUCGAAUCGAAUGCUGAGAAUUCAUUGCGCAAGACAUCUUUCAAUAACUCGAAAUCAUUUUUCAAAACGAACGAGCCUUGUUGCCUUUUGGAUGCCUGUAGCGACAGACUCCAAACAGACCUAAUCAGAGGCCCACAUUCCAUGCCUGGGGUUCUGUUUUAUGCUCUAAGCCAGUCAAUGAUGCUAACCCCCACCACCCCUGAAGCAGAGGACAAGGCCUAUUGCUGCGACUCCCCACAGAAGCUUGUGGCUCAAUUCCCCCACUCAUGCCUGUGAUCCCCAUCCCUCGGCGUGUGCGUAGCUUCCAUGGUCCCCACACCACCUGCAUGCACUCGGCCUGUGGGUCUGCACACACAACCCAGCUUGUGCGCACCAAGUACAACAACUUUGACCUUUACCUGCGCUCACGCUGCAUGUACGGCUUCCUGCGCUUCCUGCUCUACUUCGGCUGCAGCCUUCUGACCUCCCUCCUCUGGGUGGCGCUGUCGGCUCUAUUCUGCCUGCAGUACAUGAGCGCCCGUGUCUUCCUGCGGCUGCAGUACAAGCUGUCCGUCAUCCUACUGUUGCUAGGACACCAGCGCCUUGACUUUGGGGUGCUCAACAACCUGUUUAUCUACAGUAUGCAGGUCACAAUGUUCCUGGUGGGAGGCCUGGGCUGGUGCUUCAUGGUGUUUGUGGACAUGUAGCUUCUGGUGACAACAGUGACCAUGGAUUUUUUAUUGUUUAAAAAAAUGUAACCUUUAUUUAACCAGGUAGGCCAGUUGAGACCUGGCCAAGAUAAAGCAAAGCAGUGCGGCACAAACAACAACACAGAGUUACACAUGGAAUAAACCAACGUACAGUCAAUAACACAGUAGGGAGGAAAAGUCUAUAUACAGUAUGUGCACUGUUAUAUACCAAUGUCAGACCUCUACACAAUGCACAGCAGCCAUUUUGUACCAAAACAUUACCACACAGCAGCAGUUGCGAUGAAGGCGUAAGGAUGGCCAGGAAUAGAAGGUGGUCAGAAUAUAUGGUUACACUCUGGUGCUAUUUGCCUGAAAAAAGCUGAUGCAUACUUACUCUAAGACUUCUGUAAUAACAAGCCUUACUUUAGUUUGGACCAUGAGGGGUGGGAUGCCUCUCAAGACCCUAAAAAGGAAAACAUGCUGUCUUCUGUUUGACUGGAGAAAACAAGUCACGCAAAAUGUUGAAUUCUAAGCAUAAAGGAUACGUUCGUAUUGGUGUUGGAUUCAAAUCCCUUGGUGACCAACAUUCUUUUUGUAACGUUAUUAUUUUACACAUCGUCUUUUCAUUUAAAAAAAAAAAGCAACAAUAUCGUGCUGUAAAGUAUAUGGAUAAGUGAGUAUGUGUUAGUGUUUGCAGAUUGUGUCUUAUUGAUGCCACUAAUAUCUGCCAUGGGCAUGGCCUGCUGCUUGAGCUGUGUCAUCGAGUCUGUAACAGUGCGAGUUAGUUACAGUGGGUGGCUUUGGGUGAAGUGGUCAUUUAGUCCCUCACAUGGUCCCAGAAUCCCUCUCGCAGAGAGAACACUGUUCGGCCUCCCUCAGAAAACAAUAGCCAAUCACAGCCAGACACCUCCGUCUCUGCCAACCAAAACAAUGGCUGUGGCUGUGUCCCAAUGGCCUCCUUUACUCAGCUUCUUCCCUACACUAGGACUGAUCUGAUAAAUAUAGGAAAGGCUGUAAUGAUAGGAUGAAAACCUAUUCAGAAUGUUUAUCAUUGUGGUCAUGUGUAAAGCCUGUAGUUUUCACUGACCAUGUGCCAAUAACUUUCUCAUUGUUCAUUUUAAGUACUGAAAUCCUGAUCAAUUUCUCCUAAAUUCUCCUCCUUUCCUUGUCCCUUUUCCACAAGCCUAGGUCCUGGCCAGGAAAAGGUCUGGCCCUAGUUAUAGUCACAGCCUCUGUUUCAGUACUUAAACAGUAUACAGUGUGCAAGCCAAGUUUCCACCAUGCUACUUUCUAUUCAGUCUGUUUCAGAUCAGUGCUCAAUACUAAGGGAAGAAAACCAUUUAAAAUAUUUGGGGCUCAGCCCCAGUCGUUGGAUGGAGUUCAGAGAUAGAGGACUCAUCUUAAUAUCUGUGCCAUUAUAGUGUCUGUGAUAGCCAGUGAGGCUACAACCCAUAAGAAUCCCUACCCAGUUGACUACUUUGACCAAUUUAAAAUGGCGACAUGGCUGAGGACUGGCAUUGGGCCGAAGUGGGUACACAGCACAACCCUGUAUUGUUCUAGGAUCAACUCAUCAAAUGCCUCAUAUUCUGGGGCACUCAUAUUUGUUUGCCUAGUUCGUAUGUCCUGUUAAAACUGAAAAGAAGGAAGAAUUGUGUUUUUGACAAACAGUUCCUAAAGGAAGUGUUCAUACCUCUUGACUUAUUCCACAUUUGGUUGUGUUACAGCCUGAAUUCAAAAUGGAUUACAUUUUAAAAAUAUAUAUCUCACCCAUCUACACACAAUUAAUUAUUCCACAUUUGGUUGAGUUACAGCCUGAAUUCAAAAUGGAUUCCAAUUUUUAAAAUGAUCUCACCCGUCUACACACAAUAACCCAUAAUGACAAAGUGAAAACAUGUUUUUAGAAAUGUUUGCUAAUUUAUGGAAACUUAAAUACAGAAAUAUCUAGUUUACAUAAGUAUUCACACCCCUAACUCAAUACCUUGUAGAAUAACCUUUGGCAGUGAUUACAGCUAUGAGUCUUUCUGGGUAAGUCUCUAAGAGAGUCUCUACUCUAAGAUUUCCAUUCCUGAAUUAUUCCACAUUUGGUUGAGUUACUGCCUGAAUUCAAAAUGGAUUCCAAUUUUAAAAAUGAUCUCACCCGUCUACACACAAUAACCCAUAAUGACAAAGUGAAAUCAUGUUUUUAGAAAUGUUUGCUAAUUUAUGGAAACUUAAAUACAGAAAUAUCUAGUUUACAUAAGUAUUCACACCCCUAACUCAAUACCUUGUAGAAUAACCUUUGGCAGUGAUUACAGCUAUGAGUCUUUCUGGGUAAGUCUCUAAGAGAUUCUCUACUCUCUAAGAUUUCCAUUCCUGGAUUGUGCAACAUUUGUGCAUUAUUCUUUUCAAAAUUCUUCAUGCUCUGUCAAAUUGGUUGUUGAGCAUUGCUAGACAACCAUUUUCAUGUCAUGGAUUUUCUAGUAGAUUUAAGUCAAAACUACCUUGAACGCACAGGAACAUUCACUGUCUUGGUAUGCAACUGUCUUGGUAUGCAACUGCAGUGUAGAUUUGGCCUUGUGUUUAAGUUAUUGUUCUGCUAAAAGGUUCAUUAAUAUCCCAGUGUCUGGUGGAAAGCAGACUGAACUAGAUUUUCCUCUAGGAUUUUGCCUGUGCUUAGCUCCAUUCUGUUUCUUUUUUUAUCCUGAAAAACUCCUGUCCUUAACUAUUACAAGCAU